UUGCUCGCCUAAGUGUUUUCAAGAACUUAGAUCAUGUAUUUAUGAACGUAUAGAUGGUAUAACCACCUCUGUCGCAUACAAUACAUACGCGCACAUAUAUUUGUAUUUCUAUAUGUAAAUACCGUUUUUGCUGAAAUUGCAUCCUUGCCAUCCGGCCAGUCAUAUUAUUAAGGAGCCGGUUAGUAUCUCAGUAACAAGAGUCAACUAUUUUUCAAUUACUGUACUAUCCUUAUGGUGUUUUUUGCUGUUAUAGAAUUUCUUUCAGAUUUAUCCACUUUAUCCCUCAGCCACCAUUUUUAUUUCACAUAGUGCAUAGGAAGAAUCAUGAGCUUGGUAGAUCAACUUGCUAUUGUCGAGGAUAUUAUGCCCCCAAAGCGACAGCUCUCCAUCAGCUCUGUAGACUCUGAGCCCAUCAAAUUGUGCAAACGAAAGGGCACCCAGACUCCAUCGGUUGCUGAAAGCGAAGAAGGAAGGAAAGAUUCGCCACAGGUAGGAGCGCGACUUCCCGUUGAGGCGGAUAUUGGAAUAAGUUGCCAGGAAACCACAGUGCCCAUCGAGUGUGUUUCCGAGGCACCGGUCGCCGUGCUCUACUCCGUAUCGCAAUCGAGCUGCAUCUGCGUCGCCGAGCGCAUUAAAGAAGCCCUCGUGAUGGAUGUGGGGACGCGCUUCUGUCUGUCCGAUGGGACCUUUGUGGGCGUCCUCGCGUCCGUGAUGGGGCCCGUUUCCAGCACCUUUUACCAGGUCGCCUCCACAGCACAUCAGUUUUCGCAGCUUAAAGAGCACCCCGAAGGCCUAUCGGAGGGCACGCCGCUGCAUUGUGAUGUGGUGCACCGGCACGUUAUUUUUGACCUCCUCACACAGUGCGAUAUCACACAAGGGACGGAUGCAAGCUAUAUCGAUGACGAAGAGCUCCCGGACCACGUACGACCCGAUUUUUCUGACGACGAAAAGGAGAAAACUUGGAAGCGGCAGCAUCGGGCGGGCUCAGCGGCGGAGGCUGAAAGUCCCUGUUCUAGUUCUAGCAGUGCACUCGAUAACAUGCCGUGGCCUCAGUCGGAUGGUUUCGGCACGCUUUCUGUCUCCACCUCCCGCCCCCUCGCUCAGUCCAAGGAUCACCUUGUGGUCCCCGCCUGGCUUCGGUAA